AUGUCGACUGAGAGCAUUGCAACUAUGCGGCCUCGACUCAAUCGUCGUCGCAUGUCGGCUCCUCCGCCGCGGCCAAGUCCAACCAGACUUCCCCAAUGCCGGCCACUUUCCCUCUCCCUCGAAGCUUUGGACUUGUGUUCAGCUUCACCGGCUCAAAUCCUCGCAUCGUUGCGCCUCCUCAUUCUUUCCUGUCUUGCGGAACUUGAAAGACGUUUGGCUGGAAUGGAGAAGGCAGGCACUGCGUUAGAGAUGCUUCGGUCCAUCCAAGCAGAAGUACGUUCACACCUGCCUGACGUUGACCUCGGUCUUGCAGCGCGGUUGCCAGACCUAGAUGACCUCAAAUCGCAUUUACCUGAUAUCGACAAGCUCAAGUCACUCAUUUCGGGGCUUGACUUUUCCACCCCACUUUCCUAUGUUCCUACACUCUCGCAGCACCUCCGUCAUCUGCACGACCACAUUGCAGACACAUUCGACUUUGAAUUCACCCGCCCACACUUUGACUUUGAGUUCCGUCGGCCCAAAUUCGAUUUCGAGCUCCGUAAACCGUCUUUCGAAUUCAGCCGCCCGUCAUUCGACUUUGAAUUCACCGACCUCAGAUUCGACCUUCCCAUUCUGGCGGACCUCGCAGACGUUCUUGACGCCUUCCGUGCCGACGUUGACGCGUUUUUGGCGGAUAUUCCGCAACUACCCUCUUUUCCCACCUCCCUCUCCUUCCCGUCACUCCCCACAAGCCUUUCUCGAGCAUCAUCAUCAACUGUCUCGUCUCCACUACCCGAGAGUUCCGACGAGGAGAAGAGUGAUAUCGCUCGUGCGCUUGCCCUCUCUGCACAUGGUCGCAACUUGAUCGGCUACGACGAUUUGCCAGUUGCUUGGCGCAACAAUCCUUUCGUACAAGGCGGAUACAGAUUCAUUCCACUCUCCAAAUGGCCCAACCUGGUCACAUCUGUGUUCUGUUUUCAUAACGAGACACUCAACAUCCACACACACUUCAUUCCAUUGCUACUAUGGAGCUCAGCGUUUGCUGGAAUGUGGGUGGCUCCUGGGUGGAGCUCUACGUUGGAUCGCAUCAUCUCCUCCAUUGCUAGUAUCUUGGCACCGCUUGUGUGGCUGUUUCCCAAGUGGUCAACGAGCGACAUUGCGCGCUACACGCCGUUCUCAGCCUAUACCGCAUCGAUAUCUUCCCAGUCCCUCCCAUUCUCUUAUUUCUCUUCGCCGUAUCCACCAAUAUCGCCGCAAACACCGCCUGACCCUUCUGAGAACCUCUUCACCCUUUUCGCGCUUGCUUGUCUCGCGUGUAGUGUGUUAUGGCAUACUAUGGCCGGAUGUGCGCGCCGAGGACCGAUGGAGACUUGUGCCCGAAUUGACUAUGUCGGCAUUGGCUGGCUGACGGCGACAUCCAUCGCGACUGUUGUUCAUUACGGGUAUGCCUGUGCUGAAGCUGCUGUCGAGGCGACACCGUUGGGCCACAAAGUUCUUCACCCCGCGGAGGUUUUGCAACAAAUCCAGGCUCACGUGACAUCACACCGGUCUGCCAUGCCAGCUCCGACUUCGAUUGCCUGGGCAUCGCAGAUUGAAGAGUCUUUGCCUGAGGUGCUGGUGUCUGGGCUUUCAUCUGGUCUGUCAGUAUUCUCCUCGGUCUUCUCUGCGAUAUACGGCGCGACGUUGGGCCAAGCGGAGUUUUUGUUGGCUUACCACCCGUUCGGCGCAGCGUGUCUCCUGCUUUGCUUCGUUUGCGGAGUCUCCGGCAAUAUCUUGCCGUUCUCCGAGUGGUUUAACAGGGUCGAGAACAGACUGUGGCGGAUCGGGUUCUUUGUCGGUAUUUCGUGCUCGGCGUUGGCACCACUUGCAGGCAUUGCUGCGUUGCAAGGGCUGGAUGCUACGUUGACCUUCAUGGCUCCCGUUGCACCGUCGCUCCUCUUCUACAUUGUCGGUCUUGUCGUCUACGCCACGCAGUUCCCCGAAUGUCUGCUCGGGCCGGAUGGAAGCCGGGGGAAGAACAAGGUCGUCCGGUUCUUGGUCGACCGUUGUGGAGCAGGCUCGCAUGCGAUUUGGCAUGUCUUUAUUGUGUUUGCGAUACGUGCACAUAGAGACGGAAUUAGAGAGAUGCGGCGGGCAGCAGCGGAAGGAGGGUGUGCUGCUGGCGUGGCUGGGUGGUAG